AUGCGGCGUCUCUUAUUGUUUGCUCCGUUGCUCCUUCUGUACUGCACCCUUGUCACUCUUGCUGUGACAGAGCACCGCUGCAUACACGACAGAGUGAUGAUGCAUGUUGGUGCUGAUUUUAAUGGUGAUGAUCGUUUACUUGGAAUGACAACUGUAAGCCGUCAUAGGGAUUCCAAUGCAAAUAGCAGAUCCUCUCCAACUUUGAAAAUCAGAGAGGAUCCUUCGGAAGGGUGGAAACCGAUUCGCAUUAAACUUGUCACUGAUGAUUUGAAAAAGGGUGAACAUUAUUGUUUGGAUGACGCGAAGAAGAGUGAAAUCUUAUUGCACCAUACGUAUAACUGUUCAAAAGAUGAUGAGUUGACGCCAGAAAAGAAGAAAAUUCUUGUUGAUGAGAUUCUUCCUGAGGCAAUUAAACUGCACGAGGAACGUCUCUUUGUGGAGCGUUUGAAGGGUCCUAUUGUCGUGCCGAAGUUCUCUGAUAAGAGUCUUUGUUCCAAGUUCACUACACCAACAUCUGCUGAUAAAAGUACUGAAAUUUCUGAUUAUGAUAUGGUGCUGUUUGCUGCUGCUGUCCCAACGCCUAAAGGAACCUUCGCGUGGGCGGCAACAUGUGCGACAUUGGGUCCUAAUGGCCGUCCAGUUGUUGGGAUCAUCAAUUACGGUCCACGGUAUAUUGUGGCCACACCACAGCGUGUCCGCGUUGCUGCUCAUGAGAUUGCCCAUGCACUUGGUUUCAAUUUCGAGGCGAUGAAAAGAAAAGGUAUGGUGGGUGAAGUUAAUUCAUUGCGAGGUAAAUCAGACGUUGCGCGUGUCACCUCUGACAACACACGGAGAGAGGCGAUAGACCAUUAUAAAUGUGAUUCUGCAAAGGGCAUGGAAUUAAGUGUGAUAAGACGACCACUAUUUGCAGCACGUGGCGAUAGUAUUCUUAAAGGACGGCAAAUGCAAUCACGUUUAGGUACACAAACAGCGCAUGCAGGAAAUAGACGUGACAGGAGUGCCCAACUGCAAGGACCACAGGUACGUAUAACAAGACCAUCACGACCACGACCACAACCAUCAACCGUCCACGCUCAGGUUGCAAGUGUACAAUAUAUGUACGACUUGGGAGAAACACACAGUAAUGCUAUGGAUGAUCGUUUGACAGCGAUGGAGUCUGUUGGCAGUGUUGUGCAAGAGAGACGUGGAGAAGAGGGUUUCAGUUCUGCCAAGUUUACACAGAAUGUACAUCAUUCAUCAAAUGUGUUAUCAAAAAGACGUUUACUAUACCCACAAACUGCAAUGAUGGCAUCUGAACCCUCAAUCGAAUGCGCUACUGAAAACCAGGUGAAGACUGCAAAGGGUACUACAGAGUGUAUUGUUGAGACAAUUCAAGUUCCUCGAGAUAACAUGGGAUAUUCUUCUCACUGGAGUCGUCGUAUUGCAAAGGAUGAGUUGAUGGUUGGUCUCGUCGGUGCUGGGUACUACACCGCAAUUACAAUGGGAGCUUUCGCUGAUCUGGGCCACUAUAAAGUUAAUUGGAAAAUGGCAGAACAGAUGAGUUGGGGCAAUAACUCUGGGUGUGAAUUCUUGAAUAAUAAGUGCGUUAACAGCGGGGAAACUGAUUUCCCCAACAUGUUCUGCACAGCCAAGAGCGGUGAUAUCCCUGAGUCACUACAGUGCACAUCUGACCGCCAGUCGAUGGGGAGUUGCAGCAGCAUUGGAGCUAACCCCGUUAAGAAUGAUCUUCCGGUGGGAUUCCGAUACUUUUCUGAGAAAAAAAAGGUUGGUUCACUACCACUUGAACAAAUGGAUUACUGUCCUUUUAUUAUGGCAAAGCCAGGUUACAGCUGCAUCAGUGGUGAGGAGAGUAAUAACGUGCCUGGAAGUAAGAUUGCUAACAACUCGCGUUGUGUGGAGGGUAAUGGUCUGACGGCUAACAGUGCAGCAGUUGGUGCCGUGUGUGUGGAGGUGUCUUGCAAGUUCAAAAAGGUAAUUGUGCGGUACAGUGGAAACAAUGAGUGGCACAGUUGUCAUGAAGGAGAAAAUCUAACUGUGAAUGGGAGUGUACUGCAGGGUAAAAUUGUGUGCCCUAAAUACGCUGAUGUGUGCAAUACAAUCAACAAAACUCUGGAUGAAUCACAAGGUCCAUCAAAAGACCCAGACAUUGUUGAAGAAGUCCAAACAAGUCUACCAGAUGGUGAGACAACCACUGCACUGUCGGAUGGUACUCAACCAGCCACUGAGGCUACUGGAACCCCCAAACCAAGUGAAAAUGAUGGUAACCAGGGAGUUACUUCAACGGUGCAACAAAGUGGGGCAAGUACGACCACAGAAGCAAAACCCAGUGAAACUAAGGAAGAAGACAUUACCUCAUUUUUGAGUGGGCAGAAUAAUAAUAUUAUUGCGGGAAAAGGCACUGAUGGUUCUUUUAAAGCUUCCGCUUUUGCGAGUGUUAUGUUUGUUUUCUUGACACUCUCUAUGAUAAUGGCUCCAUGA